CAGUUCGCCCUCCUCCCCCGCCUCUGUCCCUCCUUGCCUCUUCCCCCUCAAGUUUGGGUGAAAGUCUCUCUAAUUCAAAGACUAAUCAUUCUCUGGUGAGGUCACAUCUUCAACUAGUAAGUCUGUUCUGCCCCCGACUCUUCAUACGUUCAUCAGCAUGCUUUCUCUUCUGUAGCACUCAUCAUUGCACAGCCUUGCCUCUACUCAUAUUAUUUGCUUAUGUUGCAUGUCUUUUAGCCUGCAGUCGUUUGGGACAUUGCUCAAUUCUUCUUCUUCUUCUUCUUCUUCUUCUUCUUCUUCUUCUUCUUCUUCUUCUUCUUCUUCUACUUCCUCUUCUUCUUCCAAUCUAAUCCUCUGUUUCCUAAAUUUCCAGCUGAUCGACUGUAUGCAGUCACUUUCUCUCAUGAUCCCCAACAUACCCAACAAAAGCCUCACAUAACUCCAGAUCCCCACAUGGCAUUGCUGAAGGUCCUUUGUUAUCCCUUGCGAUGUUUGUUUCCGUGUUUUAAGCCCGGCUGGCUACCCCUACGUGACUCCGAGCCUGACUCUCCUACGGUUCAUAUCGUCUCGGACGCCGUUCCCGUUCCGCCGCAGAAUGGCAAUCCGACUGGCACUGGCCUUGUCCCCAGUAUAUGCGAUGUGGAUAACUCUCCGCGCUGUCCGUCUAUUGACGCCGUUGCGGAAAAUGACCGUUCAAGUUCGAUCUUACGGACAGCCCAACUUGCCCUAAUAUAUGCCCGCACGCAAUGCUACGAGGAUUCGGCCCAGAACGAAUUUGUCCCGAUAUCAGCUCUCAGGGAGGUGCUCUGCGACACGACCGUUCACGCCAUCAUCAAAGACGUACUCCAUGGAGACACAAUCCGCGCCGACCAGUUAACCACACAUAUCAUGAAGGAUUGCUUCCUUCUCUUUGCCAUUCUCGUGGACCGAGGGAUGCCCGGGGAAAUACUGGGGUUUCUGGAAGAGGGGAUCAACGAUGACUGUCUCCCAUUCACUCGUAAUUCUACCUCUCAGGGUAGUCAAAUUCAGACCUUAGAAACAAGAUGUGGCACGCACAUUCGGACGAUAGCCAGUUGGGACAUGGCCUCGGUUAAGAGAUUUGAGACCAAACAGUACCGCAUGCUGGCCCCAAUCUUCCAAUACAAGAGCCACUACCGGCUGUCCAUGUCACAGCCUCCGCCGUUCAUUCACCUAGAGUUUCAGGACCCACAGCAUGGCGUCUCGCAGGGCUCUUAUUCGGAGGUCUUCCAAGCCUGUAUCCAUCCCGAUCACCACACCCUGGAAGGGGAACUGGGAAAUCAUGAACAGGGACCUGUGGUUGCGGUAAAACGGUUGUUCAAUGAGCAGGCUAAUGGGUUCGGAGCUGAACGAGCGAUCUUCGAUACUCUCGAGUCCAUCGGCGGCCACCCUCACAUGGUUAAGCUACUGUUUACCUAUAAGAAAGGGCAGAAGUUUCAUCUGGUCUUCCCCUGGGCGGAUGGAACUCUUCGGACGUGGUUGCAGCAGGCCCCUACGCUUCUCGCCACGCGCCAGUCGAUGCUCUGGUGCUUAAAACAGAUGACCGGUAUUGCCAGUGGGUUAAAGUGGAUGCAUACUGUCGCUACUCGGGGGAACAAUCAUCUUUUCGGACGCCAUGGUGAUAUUAAGGCCGAUAACAUCCUGUGGUUCCGAGGAGGUGAUGGGCGCAGCGAUGCGGAGGACAUCUUGAAGAUUGCGGACCUAGGGCUUGCCCGGUUCCACACCCUGGCAUCCAGGUCCGACAUAGACCCUUCCACGGUCCGAGCCCCCAGCACUUAUUCACCUCCAGACGCGCUCCGCAGAAUCCGGGUCUCGCGAGCCUGGGAUUUGUGGGGUCUGGGGUGUAUGUAUCUAGAAUUCGUCACCUCGAUUUUGUGCGGGUACGAGGCCGUCGAUGAUUUCGCCGCUGCCCGCGGAAGAGAUGACACCGAAAUCCCGGAGAUCAGCACGGAUUAUUUCUACACGGCUGACUACAAUGGGAUCAGGCCAUCUGUGCGUAAGUGGGUGGAGGGCCUUCACCGACACCCCCGGUGCACCGGUGCCCUCCAUGACCUGCUAAAUCUGAUCAUGUCUGAAAUGAUCGUUGUGGAACCCUGGCAGCGCAGUCCUUCGGCUCGCGUCCACGACCGACUGGCAAAAAUAUGCGACAGAGCUUCCCACGACGACGCAUAUCUCAUGGAACCUGCACCGCGGCUCGAUCUUCGGGGUUUUCUGGUGACUGAGGAGCCCUCCACCCUCAGCGAGCCAUCUCUCCAGCAGGAUCGUGCUGACUCCAACCCCGAGCGAUCGCCGACACGCCGUGGUGCUGCGCUCGUCCGAACCCGAAGGACCUGGCCUAUAGGGCCAACGAUAGAACUGCCUGGUCGUGUUGUGGCCACUGGGACUUUCUACUAAAACGGUAAGGUUAUCCCCUUGCUAACUGUCUCCCCUCGGGGAAACGGGCUACGUGUAAAUGAGUUAUGUCUAUUAGGUUAUGAGUGAUUCCCGGCGGUCGUGGGGCGUUUUUAAGCUAUACUUAGAUUUGGGUUGCUUGUGAGGAAAAGUGGAGUUUCUUCUCUUGCUUUGGCAUUGUGAGGGUGAGCGGGUUUAGGAAUUCUUGGGGGGUUUGUAUAAGAUAUAGUACAUCACUGUACCCCAUACGUUGAUAGCUUGCAUGUGUGUCAGACUUGCAUCUGCAUCUGCACUCUGCAUUCGACCUGCGUCAUGGAAUUAUAUAAUGACAUCUGCCACGUGUCAGUCAAAUUUGAAAGAUGUUUGUUUGGUUGGCAAGGUUGUCAAAUACUAAUAACUCGAGUCCCAUAAUUAUCGAC